AUGGUAAACCACACUGUUUCAACCCUGUUAUUCACUGGAUUUGGUGAAAUCGGCAGCAGCUUGACAUACUUGUAUUUCGCUCUCACCCUUGCUGCGUUCCUGCUCACGGUUUUUGUUAACCUAGUCCUGAUCGCUGUGAUCUACCUCAAAGAGAAUCUCCACCAGCCGAUGUAUGUCUUUCUUUGUAAUCUCUGCAUUAACGGCGUGUAUGGAAGCCUAGCGCUCUAUCCCACACUUCUCAAUAGCUUUCUGUCAAACCCCAGAGUGAUUUCCCGCGUCGGUUGCCAAUUUCAAAUAUUCUUUUUAAACACUUACGCUGGUUUUGAAUGCACUAUUUUGUCAGUGAUGGCGUACGACAGAUACGUGUCAAUCUGCAAGCCGUUACAGUACCACAGCAUCAUGACGACCUCCUACAUUUCCAUACUACUGUUUUUUGCCUGGCUCUUUCCUGUUUGUCUUUUCGCUGUAAUGGUAGCAUUAACAUCCAGCCUUCCACUGUGCGGCAACACCAUAGAGAAAGUAUACUGUGAUAACGGGUCAGUUGUCCGGCUGUCGUGUGUAGACACGUCUAGGGAAAGAAUGUACGCGAUUUUUGUAACACUCUUAAUUCCAUGUGUGCCGCUCCUUCUCGUUCUGCUCUCCUAUCAAAAAAUACUCGGUGCUUGCUUAAAAGCUUCCUCUGAAAGUCGAGUCAAAGCGCUUAAUACCUGCAUACCACACAUUGUCACUUUUCUCAACUAUACCGGGAACAUUCUUUUUGAGGUUAGUAGCAAUCGGCUUGAAAACACCAAUGUGCCUUUUCAUGCACGCAGCUUCAUGUCCUUACAAUUAUUAAUUACCCCCCCGCUUCUCAAUCCUAUCAUUUAUGGGAUAAAAUUACAAGAAAUAAGGAAAGCAAUAGUGCAAAUAAUCCACAAGUCAAAGGUUAGAUUCACAUUUCAAUAACAAUAACCGACUGUAUAGAAAUCGUGUAUGGAGUUACAGUACGCGGCAUAUUUGACCAAUGUACCAAUAUAUUUUUAAUUGUAUUUACAGUUACCUGUAUUUGUAAUGGGGGGAGCGAAAUAAGGACGGAGGGGCACAGCGUGAGCGCGGCACUUACAAAACCACCACCGCUAUGCCUAAUUUACCAGCACAGGUUAUUUUACUGGGAAAGCACAAUUUAAGAAUCACAAGAAAGAGGAGCACAAGCAAAAAUGGAGUUAAUGUUUUUAUUUUUAAAAUAUACCUUUUGAAUAUACAUUUUGUAUUUACAACCAGAGAUUAGGCUAUAUCUUCACAGACGUAAGGGCUUCUUAAAGACAGGCAUAUUCGUUAACACCAGCUACACACAUUACAGACUGCUUCAAAUAUACAUCAAACCCAAGUCAGCAUCACAGGUUGAAAAGCACUAAAGGGAACCCGAAGCAGAAUACAACAACGGUGAAUGUUUUGAAUGCGUGUUUGAAUGUGUACAUUUUAAAGCAUCUUUUAUUGUCAGUUCUUAUUAUUUAAAAAAUAUAUUCAUUAAACGAUUGAAUGAUUGAAUAAAUAAUAAAAAUAUUUUUUAAAAAUGUAUGGUUUAAACAAAAUCUUUUGAGGCUGUAAAACAUGAAUGGAUAUUGAACAUGUCAUCAUUUUUACUAACCAAAACUUUAAUGUAUGUGUCUAUUAAAUUGAUUGUCGUUAUCUGUGUAUACAGCGCAAUUAAUGGCAGGAGUAGAAAUGUUUAAGAAUGUUUACAAUUAGUUGGGUAAUUUAUGUAUCUAUGUACUGUACUGUAUAAACUCAGCCGUCUUUCGAUACAUUUACUAAGAUGUGUUGUUGUGUUUCGUUUUUUUGUGUGCAAUA